CGGCGCGCCGGCGGCGGGGGCAGUGCCAAGAUGUCUACGCCGGCGGUGCCGGAGCUGAAGCAGAUCAGCCGGGUGGAGGCCAUGCGCCUGGGGCCGGGCUGGAGCCACUCGUGCCACGCCAUGCUGUACGCCGCCAACCCCGGGCAGCUCUUCGGCCGCAUCCCCAUGCGCUUCUCGGUGCUGAUGCAGAUGCGCUUCGACGGGCUGCUGGGCUUCCCCGGGGGCUUCGUGGACCGGCGCUUCUGGUCGCUGGAAGACGGACUGAACCGGGUGCUGGGCCUGGGCCUGGGCUGCCUGCGCCUCACCGAGGCCGACUACCUGAGCUCGCACCUGACCGAGGGCCCGCACCGCGUCGUGGCGCACCUGUACGCGCGGCAGCUGACGCUGGAGCAGCUGCACGCCGUGGAGAUCAGCGCGGUGCACUCGCGCGACCACGGCCUGGAGGUGCUGGGGCUCGUGCGGGUCCCACUGUACACGCAGAAGGACCGCGUGGGUGGCUUGCCCAACUUCCUGAGCAACGCCUUCAUCAGCACAGCCAAGUACCAGCUCCUCUUCGCCCUCAAGGUGCUCAACAUGAUGCCCGAGGAGAAACUGGCUGAGGCCUUGGCCGCCGCCACAGAGAAACAGAAGAAGGCCCUGGAGAAGCUGCUCCCCUCUUCUUCCUGAGCAGUCUGCAGGCAGCCCAGGGAGGGACUGGAAGCACUGGCCAGGCGACCAGAAUGACCACAGCAGAGCCACCCCAGGACAGGAAGGUCGCCACUUGGUCUCCUGUGGCCACAGAGACUCCUCAGUGGAACUCAGAAAGUUUCCAUGGUGCCUGCCUGGCCUGGUAAGAAAACAGUGCUCUCUGCCACCUCAGAGCCUCGAGGAGAGCCGGCACGAGCAGGCAAAGCACUUUGCUCUGUAAAUAAAAUACCUGUAAGUUGCUCCUGACUGUGUGGGGCCUGUUUCGCUCUGCUAGUAGCUUCUGUACACUCAGCAGGGCACUGGGGCCUGGGUACCCCAUGCCAAUUCAUGCUGCACGUCAUGUGACCAGAACCAGACCCUUACUGGCUGAUCUUAAGAUUUAUUUUUCGGCAAAUGUCACACGCUGCCCAGGUGCUCAGCCCUCACCCCAGGUCACACCUCUGCACGGUGUCUGUGGUGAACAGGGGCACACACCCCAAGGCCCUUCCUGCCCUGAGCCUCACACCAGGUUCUCGGGGGACCCUGGUCCUGCCGCCGGGGGGGCCACACUGCCCUGGCACCAGCCACAGCCUCUUCCUUCCUGUCUGCUCCCGGGGCCGGUCCUCGGGCCCAGCUCGGGCCUGGGCCACCGCAAACCCGCUCACUGGCCUCUGGUCCUCUGGGCUCACAGCUUCAGGGUGGAUCAGUCACCCAACGUCAGGUUCUGAGAAGGCAAGAGGAAGGCUGAAGGGGUGCUCACUGGCUCACAGCCCCGAGCUGCCCCCCCGGCCUAGGCCACACGCUCACCGUCCCUCUGGCUAAGGCUCCCGCCAGUUCUCUUUCCCGUUCAGCAGCUGCAGCUUCUCCAGGCUCUGUGUCACGGAGCACAGCGCUCGCUCUGAGGACAGACGGGAGCACAGGAGUGGACAGCCUGCCCCUCACUGGGCCAACAGGGUGGAACCCAGGUAGCAAUGACGGGCUCCCUGUGCCCCCCAAUCUGCCCUCCUGGAGACUCACCCAUCUCGUGGAUUCGGUCUUCCAAUGCUCCCGACAGCUCAGGGAGGCUCAGGGCCUGCAGUGAGGCCUGCCAGCCGUUGGAGUCUGUGGGGCAGAGGGCUGGGUCGGCCUGGGUCCGCGUGCUCACGGUCCUUCCACUUUGCUCUGAGCCGCGUGACCAGGGGACCCUCCUUGGAUGCAGCCCUCACCCCAAAGGCCCUCCCUUGGGAGCCCAGAAGGACCUUCAGUAAGAUAAGUUCCCCCAGGUGCUGACAGAAAUGCCGACACCACCGGCCAGAAAGUGCCCUCGGGUAGCCAACCCAGGACUUGACUGAGCCUGAGGGAGUCGCAGGCCUUUGCCCACUCUCGGCCAUGCCUUCCACCAGCAGCAGGCUGGGCAUGCACCCAAGUCCCACCCGAGUCUGGGAGUGUGUGAGGGGCCCUGGCGCGUUUAUGUGAAGACCACAGCAGUGGUCAGACCCGGCGGAGGGGGUGUCCCUGUCCUCUGCCUGCCAGCUUCGGGGUCAAGGUGCUGCUCUCCUUACCAGCUGUGGGGAGGGCUGGGCCCAGGGCUGUCUGGCAGGGAGACUCGUCCCGCAUCACUCGCGAUGACAGCUCCACUUGGCAGGCUCUGCCGGACAAGAUGAGGUGCUGCUGAGGGGAGCGGCCUGGAGAUGGUGGGCUGGGGUGGGUACACCCCCUACCCAAUCUGAGUGUAAAGUGGGCUCUGCCUUCCUUCCUCCCUUGGGCUUGGCAAGACACCAGGCACCCCCAUAAGCAAGCUCGUGGGCCCUAAGGCUAUUGGAUGGGCACCCAGGACCCACCCUGCAGGAGGCAUAGCCAGAGAGCAGAGAGAGGUGGCAGGAGGCGGGAAGUGCACCCUUGUAACAGCUGGAGGAGACUAACCCAGGUUGUGGCCCAGCCCAGCCCAGGGCCCUCUGAUGCCCGCUUACCGCAGCUGGUCCAGGACGAGUGCAGCGUUGCGGGCCAGGGCCCAGGCCUCCUGCAGGUGUGCAUGGACAUCCUUGCGGGCACCGUCCUGCUCCAGGAGGCAGCUCUCCACCACGGCCCGCAGCUCCUGCUCCUGAGACACCUGGCCCCGCAUGGCCUCCACCUCCUCGCAGCGCUGCAGCAGGAAGGCGGGAGGUGGGCACGCAGGCCGGGCGUCCCAGGGGGUGAAACGCCGCGGCGCUCGAGGUUCCCUAGAAAGUUCUAGUGCGAAAAGGGACAGCCCUACACCUCCAACCCCCAGUGCCAGCUGCUGCUUUCGCUGAACAGGGAGCUCUGGCCAGCAGGCGCUGCUGCCUGGGACGCGCCCAAAAGUGAACGGACAGAACAUGUCUGAGCCUGGCAGCGUCAGCCAGGCCAGCUCAGGCCUCAGGUGCUGGAGGACCCAGAGAUUUCUAGAUGUUCUGGCAAGAUGCUGAGCUCACCUCCUUCUCACAUGUGAAACAGUAAUCUACAGAGAAAAACAAACCCUGGAGCCAAGAGGAGGACCACGAUUCCACGGGGAUGAGCCAUGUGGCCCGGAGCAGGGGAGCCUGCGGUGCAGUUUGCUCACCCCAGGGCAGAGCGACCGAGAGGGGAGAGCGGCUGUAAUAUGGAGCUUCUCUUGUUGAACAUGAGGCCUUCAGUGGGCCUCAGGAAUUGAGAGUCUGGGGACUGCACUGGAGAGGGGCCUGCACAACCAGAUGUGGAAGACGGAGGGGACUGCCUCCAGAAGGACACAAUUUGGGGGAGUAGAGACUCAAGACCAAUGUCAGGUGGCAGACAUCCUGCCAGGAGUGAACCAGGGAUCAGGGCCAGAAGGUACGACGCCUCCACCCCAGCCGCUAGGAGAGUCGAGGCCACUGGACACUCCGUGUACCCGCCAGCGCUGUGCUUGUCCAGCGGGGACAGUCAGCUCCAACCUGCUGUGGGGAAGGCCUGGUUAGAGGAACGUGCUGAGUGGGGAGAGGCCCACUGGUGGUCUGUGCUGAGAGGCUUCGCUCUCCAACUGGCAUCUGUGCUGGAGCAAUCAGACAAGAAAUAAGGGAACCCCGGUUGCAGGCGAAGUGAAGUCGUUACUUGCAACAUAUAGAGAAACCCUGAAGACAAGCGGCUAUUAAAAUGAGCCACAAAAUCAACACACAAAAUUCAGGUGCAUAACUUUAACAAGGAAAGUUAAAGAUGCACACAAUUAAAACUGAAAGACAUUAGUAAAGGACAAGAAAGAAGACAGAGGUUGAAAGGCCUCCCAGGCCCAUGGGCGGGGAGAAUAUGGCUGUCCUCUCAAGCAACAUGCAUUUUCAAUGUCAUCCCUGUCAAAAUUCCAGUGUUUUUCAAGGAAAUAGAAGAAUAUUAAAAUUGCUAUGGAACAACUAAAGCAAUUUUGAGAAAAAACAAAAAUAGAGGCAUCGCAUUCCCAUAAAGAAACAGUAAUUAAUACAGCACGGGGCUGGCAUGAAAACAAACACCGACGCAUGGAGCAGAACUGAGCCUAGACAUGAGUCCAAACAGAGUGAAACAAGGAGAGAACAUCUCGUGUCUGGGAGAACGGCUUCCUCCAAAGACAGCUGGCACCAACGGUGGUAAGAAUGUAAAGAAGAAGGAAACUUUUGGGGCCUCCCCUGGUGGCACAACAGUUGAGCGCUGGGCUGCAAAGCUGCCCGCAGCCUCUGCAGCGCUGGUUUGAUCCCCGGCCGCCAGGCGAGGGUCCCACAUGGCGUGCAGACCUCUCCUGCCGCCCGCUGCUCCCUUCAGCAGUGUACUUUGGUCCUUCUACCUGUUUUAUUCCCCCCUCUGGCUCUGGUGAAUUCUCUCACCCUCCCGUGCCUCUGACUGUACCCAGUGCUUGUAUAAAUAAAUAAAUAAAUCUUUAAAAAAAAAAAAAAAAGAGGAAACUUUUGAUGGGAAUGCAAAUUGGCAGAGCCAUUCGGAAAAGCAGUAUGAACCUUCCUCAGAUGACUACAACGAGAACUACCCUAUGACCAGCAAUCCCACGUGUGGGCGUCUGUCUGAAUAUGAACUCGUCAACCUGAACAGUUGUGAGCGCCCCGACAUGUAUUUCCUUAUUUACUAUGGUGAGGACGUGGGAACGGCCCUCGCACCCACUGACAGAUGGCCAGGUAAAGAGGACAUGGGGGGCGCAGGCACUCUUCAGCUAUAAAGAAAGAUGAAAUGUUGCUACGUGCAGCAAGACGGAAAGAAUUUAAGAUUAUGUGAAGUGAAUUAAACCAGAAACUCCAUGCAAAUUUAAUUCAAAAUGUAUUAAAGAUCUAGAUACAAGAUCUGAAACCAUAAACCACUGAAGGAACACGGGACACAGCACAGGACACCCUGUACGUACCAAAGACGUACGUGGGGACUCAACCCUGAUGGCAACAGAAACAAAAGCAAAAAUAAGUGGGACUACCUCAAAUUUAAAAGCUUUUGUACCUAAAAAGAAGCCAUCACAAAACCAAAAAGGCAACCCCUGAGUGGGAAAAAGUAUUUGCAUACUACACAUCUGACCAGGGGCUGAUCUCUUAAGUUUGCAAAGUUCUUACACAAUCCAGCCACAAAGAAACAAACCACCUGAUCAAAAACGGGCCAAGGACCUAGACAGUUUUCUAAAGAAGACACUGAGAUGGCCUAUUGGCUCCUGAAAUGCUGUUCAACAUGCCUGAUUGUUAGAGGAAUCCAUCAAAGCACCGGGAGCCAUCUCGCCCCUGUGAGAACCUUGCCUCAACAACUGUUGGCAGCUUGGGUGGGGGGUGGGGGAGGUGCUCCCGGUCACUGCUGGCGGGAGUGCAAGCUGACGCAGCCCCUGUGGAAAGAGUUUGGAGAUUCCAUAAUAAAUGGAAAUCCCUUACAAUCUGGCGAUACCUCCAUUAGGUAUUUAUCCAAAUAAUAUGAAAACUCUAGCACAAAAGGAUUUCUCUCCAUCGGGGUACACGGCACUGUUCACAACUGCCCAGUCAUGGGACAAACCCAAAUGGCCUUCAACAGAGUGACGAGACUGGGGCAGGUGCUGCACAGAGCACUGCACAGCUGGGAAGCAGCGCCACUGGGACAAAACGGCGGUCCCGCUAAGUGAAGUAAGUCGGAAAGGGAAACAGCUACAGGGCGGUUGCACUCAUCUGUGGAAUAUAAAUAAAAAAAAUACAAAGGCAAAGUGGAGAAGGAGUCAAUCUGGAACUCAGGGAAAGAAUAUAAUGGCUGCCAGAGGGAA